GUCGCCAUCUGCGUGCAGCUGUUUUCCGCGGUUUGUUUUUCCUUUUCGAGUGGCUUAUUGUUCGCCGGGCAGCGGUGGAAACCAUUAACAAAAUGUCAUUGGCGCCGGGCACUCGAUGCACUUUUGUCAUCCUGGCACUAUCCACUUGGCCGGACCAAUUCCAAUGCCAAGCAAAUGGUAAUGGAAGUCGCGAUUCCCUGCUGGCCGAGUCCCAGAUGAGAAUCCUUUCGCUGACUCUGCUGGGACUCUUCGUCCUGACUCUCCUGGGCCUCGCGGGUGAGUUCAAGCGCCUUCCAUUCCCGCGAUCAACUCGCAGAGCGGAGUUUCCGAUUUCCGAUUUCCUCUGGGCAGGAUGUAUCUGCUGCUUCUGCCGGAUCUCGCGGGCUGUGGAAUCCACUUCCGAUGGCCUCGAUGUCUACGCCCCGCGCACCCAGAGCAUCGUGUGGCCCACUCUGCCCCAGGAGGCGGCCCGCGUCCUGGAGAUGACCUUCCUGCACGCGUCCAAGGUCAACUGCCUGUGCCGCAACUGCUGCAUCGCGAGAAACUCGUUCUGCAUCGAAAACUGCGGGGUAAACAAGGCCAGGUGGAUCUUGCUGCUGGCCACCUCGGUCUCCUGCGCCCACCUGGCCAAAGCUGAUGACAACUUUACGGACUUUGGCUGGCUAAAUGUAACGCAGCUGCUGCAAAUGGCUGAAUUCGAGAACGAAAACAAUACUGCCGGCAAUGCCACGGAACUGGACUUGGCCACGCUGGCCGACAGCUCCACUGUUGCUCCAACGGAGGCAAAUAUCAGCAUGUAUAGCACCAGUGGCCAACGCGAACUUCCAUUCGAGGAGCUCCACCAACAUCGGCACUUUGGCCGCUUUGUCUUCAUGGUUCUGCUGCUGCACAUAUCCGUGGUGGGAGUUGGAAUCACCAUCUACAGCUGUGUGCACUGCAGAUUUAGGAGCUUGAGGAAGCGUUCCAGAGUGGAGGCACAACGACGGCUGCAGCUGACAGACCUGCGGUCAGAGCACAUUCCCAAUUCACGGGACUGCCCUUGCCACGGCUGCAUUUUGGCCAGGGAAAUGCUGCAGGGCUUAAUCAUGCACCAGUUGCACGAGUUGGCCGAGUGCUGA